GGAGAGAAGAAGUCCUAUGGAAAGCCAUGUGGGGGCCAAGACUGCAGUGGGGGCUGGAAAUGCUUUCCUGAGAAAGGCGCAAGAGGGCGACCGGGACCAGUCGGAAUUCAAGGUCCAACAGGUCCACAGGGAUCUGCCGGCCCUAGUGGUUUAGCAGGGUUGAGAGGAGAGAGAGGCUCCCCAGGCCCUCUGGGACCAUACGGACCAAAAGGAGAUAAGGGUCCCAUGGGAGUUCCUGGCUUUCUCGGCAUCAAUGGGAUUCCGGGCCACCCCGGACAGCCAGGGCCCAGGGGCCCACCUGGCCCGGAUGGCUGUAAUGGCACUCAAGGAGCUGUUGGAUAUCCGGGCCCUGAUGGCUAUCCUGGGCUUCUCGGACCACCCGGGCUUCCUGGUCAGAAAGGCUUUAAAGGUGAACCUGUCCUCACCCAAGGUACUUUCAAAGGAAUGAAGGGGGAGCCUGGGCUGCCUGGACUGGAUGGAAUAACUGGCCCACCAGGAGCACCCGGGUCCCCAGGAGCUGUAGGACUCAUGGGGCCACCAGGAUUGCAAGGUCCUCCAGGCCCCCCCGGCUUCCCUGGUCCUGAUGGGAAUAUGGGGUUAGGUUUCCAAGGAGAGAAAGGAGUCAAGGGAGAUGUUGGCCUCCCAGGCCCUGCAGGACCCCCACCAUCUACCGGGGAACUGGAAUUUAUGGGAUUUCCCAAAGGGAAGAAAGGAUCCAAGGGUGAACCAGGGCUUCCGGGUUUCCCAGGAAUAAGUGGCCCUCCAGGUCUCCCGGGAUUUGGAACUGCUGGAGAAAAGGGAGAAAAGGGAAUCCCUGGUUUGCCAGGACCUAGGGGUCCAAUGGGUUUAGAAGGACGCCAAGGCCCUCCAGGGAGUCAGGGCAAGAAGGGGUCCUCAGGUUUCCCUGGGCUUAAUGGAUUCCCAGGAAUUAAGGGUGAAAAGGGUGGCAUUGGCCUGCCAGGCCCAGAUGUUUUCAUCGAUACAGAUGGUGCUGUGAUCUCAGGUUAUCCUGGAGACCCCGGGAUGCCAGGCCUCCCAGGACUUAAAGGAGACGAAGGUAUCCAGGGCCUGCCUGGCCCUUCUGGCAUCCCCGGCUUACUGGCUUUACCAGGUGUCCCAGGUGCGCUAGGGCCCCAAGGAGUUCCAGGUCUGAAGGGGGACCAAGGAAACCCAGGCCGCACCACAGUUGGGACAGCUGGUCCCCCUGGCAGAGACGGUUUGCCAGGCCUGCCCGGCCUACUGGGCCCACCCGGUCCAGCAUUUGAGACUGGAACCCUCCAGAACGCAGAGCCAGGCUUCCCUGGUCUCCGAGGAGAACGAGGUCCAAAAGGAAACCCAGGCAUCAAAGGAAUGAAAGGGGACUCGGGCUUUUGUGCCUGUGACGGUGGUGUCCCAAACACCGGACCACCUGGGGAGCCAGGCCUGCCUGGGCCACCUGGCCUCAUAGGCCUUCCAGGCCUUAAAGGAACCAGAGGAGAUCCAGGCUCUGGGGGUGCACAGGGCCCAUCAGGGACUCCAGGUUUAUUUGGGCCUCCUGGUCCUGCGGGCCCCAAAGGAGAGAAAGGGGAACCAACUCUCAGUUCAGGAUCAGGGGUGCCGGGGGAGCAGGGUGAUCCUGGCCCCCAGGGGCUCCCUGGGGAGACCGGAGCCCCAGGCAAGGAAGGAAUACCAGGUUUGCCAGGUCUGCCAGGCCUCCCGGGUGACGGUGGACAGGGCUUCCCAGGUGAAAAGGGGUUACCAGGACUUCCUGGUGAAAAGGGCCACAGUGGUCCAACCGGCCCCCCAGGAAUUGGGCUGCCGGGCUCUCCUGGACCUCGUGGGCUUCCUGGAGAUCAAGGAAUUGAUGGAUUACCAGGGCAACAAGGCCUCCCUGGGCUUCCCGGCAUCACCUUGCCAUGUAUAAUUCCUGGGUCCUAUGGUCCAUCAGGCUUACCAGGAGCUCCCGGAUUCCCAGGCCCUAAAGGGGCCCGCGGCCUCCCUGGGACCCCAGGCCAGCCUGGACUGCGUGGAAAUAAAGGAGAGCCUGGAAGUCCAGGAUUGGUUCAACUUCCUGAAUUGCCAGGAUUUCCUGGACCUCGUGGGGAGAAGGGCUUGCCUGGGUUUCCUGGGUUCCCUGGGAAAGAUGGCUUGCCCGGGGAACUUGGCAGUCCAGGUUUACCCGGUUCCAAGGGAGCCCCUGGUGACAUCUUUGGUGCUGAGGAUGGUGCUCCGGGGGAGCAAGGCCUGCAGGGAUUGCCAGGGGACAGAGGAUUUCCUGGAGACUCUGGCCUUCCGGGACCCAAGGGUUUGCUUGGGAAGUCGGGCCUGCUAGGCCCCAAAGGUGAACGGGGCAGCCCCGGCACACCGGGCCACGUGGGACAGCCAGGGCCCCCUGGGCCUGAUGGUCUAUUUGGCGUCAAGGGCAAACCCGGGCUCCCGGGUGCACCAGGCUUUCCGGGCCCUUCAGGACAUCCUGGAAAGAAAGGUGUAAGAGGCGAGACAGGUCCCCCUUCAUCAGCUGGAAAGAGAGGCCUGCCGGGGCUGAAAGGCCUUCCGGGAUCUCCAGGGCUGGUUGGCUUCUUGGGGAGCUCAGGCUUGCCAGGGAACACUGGGUUGCCAGGCCUGCCAGGUCUGAAGGGUGAGAAGGGGUCUGUUGGGCUGGCUGGUUUCCCGGGGAUGCCUGGUCUCCCAGGUAUUCCUGGCGCAAGUGGAUUAAAGGGCAUUUCUGGGUCAGCCGGAAGAGUGGGACCAUCUGGACGGGUCGGUAGUGUGGGUGAAAAAGGAGACAGAGGCGACCCAGGGCCAGCUGGAAUACCCAGCCCAAGACCUCCCACACUGAACAUUCGGUUCAAAGGAGACAAAGGCUCGAGAGGCUCAGCUGGAUCCACCGGAUUUCCUGGGCCCAGAGGUGACAAAGGAGAGGUUGGCCCCCCGGGGCCACCAGGAUUGCCUGGAGCUCCCGGCUUCCCCAGUACCAUCAAGGGACUCAUUGGGAGAGCAGGUCUCCCUGGCUCCGCAGGACAACGGGGCUUACCUGGCCUGAAGGGGUCCCCUGGAAUCACAGGUUUCCCAGGAAUACCAGGGGAAAGCGGUUCAAAGGGUCUCAAUGGAACUCCCGGACUCCCAGGAACAUCUGGUCUCCCAGGUUCAAAAGGAGAUCAAGGUCAGACAAUUGGAAUUUCCGGUAGCCCAGGACCCAAGGGACAACCUGGGGAGUCCGGUUUUAAAGGCGAGAAAGGAACAGAUGGAUUCGUUGGUGAUGUGGGUUUCCCAGGAAGCAAAGGUGAAGAUGGGAAUGUUGGUAUUUCUGGAGAUGUUGGCCUUCCCGGCUCCCCAGGACUCCCCGGGAUUGCAGGCAUGAGAGGAAAUCCAGGGUUUCCGGGUUCUCCAGGCCAUCCAGGGUCAACUGGGCCCCUGGGACCCUCUGGCCUAAUGGGAACCAAAGGUUUCCCUGGACUUCCUGGUUUACAUGGACUGAAUGGGCUUCCAGGAACCAAGGGAACCCAUGGAACUCCAGGACCUAGUAUAACCGGCGUGCCUGGGCCAGCCGGCCUGCCUGGUCCCAAAGGGGAAAGAGGUUCUCCAGGAACUGGCCUCAGUACCCCAGGGAAGCCAGGCGUGAAAGGACAAAAAGGUGGCCGAGGUUUCCCAGGUCUCCAGGGCCCUGCUGGUCUGCCCGGUGCCCCAGGCCUCUCCUUGCCCUCAGUCAUAGUGGGACAGCCUGGCGACCCUGGGCGACCAGGCCUAGAUGGAGAGCGAGGCCGCCCAGGCUCCCCGGGGCCCCCGGGGCCCCCUGGGCCGUCCUCCGAUCAAGGUGACCCUGGAGACCCCGGCUUCCCUGGAGUUCCUGGCCCUCAAGGGUCCAAGGGAGACCAAGGAAUUCCAGGUUUCUCCGGCCUCCCUGGAGAGCUAGGACUGAAAGGCGUGAGAGGCGAGCCUGGCUUCAUGGGGAUUCCAGGCAAGGUUGGGCCACCCGGAGACCCAGGACUUCCCGGAAUGAAGGGGAAGGCAGGGCCCAGAGGCUUUUCUGGACCCCGAGGUGCUCCUGGACAAACACCAAUUGCAGAAGCUGUCCAGGUUCCUCCUGGACCCAUGGGUCUACCAGGCAUUGAUGGCAUCCCUGGUCUUACAGGAGACCCUGGGGUUCAAGGCCCUGUCGGCCUCCAAGGCUCCAAAGGUUUCCCUGGCAUCCCUGGCAAAAAUGGUCUCAACGGACUCCCCGGCCCGCCUGGGGCUCUUGGUGACCCUGGUCUCCCCGGACUGCAAGGCCCUCCAGGAUUUGAAGGCGCCCCAGGGAAGAAGGGCCCCUUCGGGAGGGGUGGAGUGCCCGGGCAGAGCGUGAGAGUGGGGUACACGUUGGUGAAGCACAGCCAGUCGGAACAGGUGCCCCUGUGCCCCGUCGGGACGAGCCGGCUGUGGGUGGGCUACAGCUUGCUGUUCGUGGAGGGGCAGGAGAAAGCCCACAACCAGGACCUGGGCUUUGCUGGCUCCUGCCUGCCCCGCUUCAGCACCAUGCCCUUCAUCUACUGCAACGUCGACGAGGUGUGCCACUACGCCGGGCGCAACGAUAAAUCCUACUGGCUCUCCACCACUGCCCCCAUUCCCAUGAUGCCCGUCGGCCAGGCCCAGAUCCCCCAGUACAUCAGCCGCUGUUCUGUGUGCGAGGCGCCCUCGCAGGCCAUCGCCGUGCACAGCCAGGACGUCACCAUCCCGCAGUGCCCCCUGGGCUGGCGCAGCCUCUGGAUCGGAUACUCCUUCCUCAUGCACACUGCGGCGGGCGCCGAGGGCGGCGGCCAGGCCCUGGUCUCCCCGGGCUCCUGCCUGGAGGAUUUCCGAGCCACUCCUUUCAUCGAGUGCAGUGGGGCCCGGGGCACCUGCCACUACUUUGCCAACAAGUACAGUUUCUGGCUGACGGCGGUGGAAGAGAGGCAGCAGUUUAGGGAGGAACCGGUAUCGGAAACGCUCAAGGCCGGGCGGCUCCACACCCGGGUCAGCCGCUGCCAGGUGUGUAUGAAAAGCCUGUAGGGUGGCACCUGCCCCCCCCUGCCCCCUGCCCGCCCCUCCCCCACACAGCGGGCCCCUCACAGCCCCGGACGAGCUGAA